GCGGCCGGCGCUCUGCUCUGCGGGAGGCAGUUGGCCGCUGACCGACCGACCAGCUGCACGCGGGAGCCGAGCCACGAUGCAGCCGCUUGUGGGCAAGCUGUCGUUCCUGUACAAGCCGUACGUGCUGGCCGUGGUCUCCAUCGGCUACGUGCUGGGCGAGCUGGGCCACUACCUGAUCGGCGUCACCACAAAGGCCAUGGCCAACGACCUGCACUACGGUGACAUCUCGUGCCAGCUCAACACCACCGAGUACACCGUGGCGCAGCUGCCCGUGCACUGCAAUGAAGCCAACAGCUCCGAAGUGUGUUUGGAAUUCAAUAUAAAUGGCACACCUUAUUGUGAGUGGACAUACAAUGGACAAGGUUUGGACUAUCAGAUCCUUGCUGGGCCAAGUUUCAUAGCAGUGUUCACAGUGGUCGGUGUCAUCAUGGGUAUUCUGGCUGAUCGAUUCAACAGGGUACGCUGCCUUGCCAUAUGCACUUUAAUAUUCAGUAUUGCAAUUGUCUUGACGGGAGCUGUGAAGGAAUUCUGGCAACUGGUGAUUUUACGAAUGGUUAUGGCUGCUGGGGAAUCAGCUUGUAACCCCAUGGCCACUGGAAUAUUGUCAGACAUCUUUCCAGAGGACAAGAGAGGUCUUGUGAUGUCCAUUUUCAACUGGGGCAUUUAUGGUGGUUAUGGUAUUGCAUUUCCUGUGGGACGAUAUGUGCCGAAACUGAAUGCAUGGGACUUGGGAUGGCGUGUGUGUUACUAUGGUGCUGGAAUAGUUGGCAUCAUCAUUGCAAUACUGACUGGUCUGACACUGCGGGAACCUGAAAGGCAGGCAAUUGGCGAAGAGAAUACGGUAGCUGUUAAUGCUGACGGGGAGCGGGCAAAGAAGAAGGGUGCAUGGCGCGUAAUGCUGGAGCCACGGGUCAUUCUGCUCUGUCUUGCUGCGUCCAUCAGGCACACAGGUGGCAUGUGCUUUGCUUACAACUGUGACCUGUACUAUGAGACAUAUUUUCCGGAUUAUGACCUUGGGUGGUGGCUGUUUGCGGUCACCAUUGUCAUAGGCAGUAUUGGUGUUGUUGUUGGAGGCGUUGUUUCUGACAAAUUUGUAGCCAAAAUGGGCAUCAGGUCCCGUGUUGCUGUUCUGUCUAUCAGCCAGCUCAUUUCAACACCAGGUGCAUAUGGCAGUGUUUACUUUACCCCAACGUGGGCACUUAUAACUCUUGGACUUUCAUAUUUCUUUGCUGAGAUGUGGUUCGGAAUUGUAUUUGCCAUACUGGUAGAGAUAGUUCCAUUGUCUGUGCGGUCUACAACAGUGGGAGUAUUUCUCUUUGUCAUGAACAAUAUUGGAGGAAAUCUCCCAAUACUCGUGGAACCAGUUACCAAAGCCAUUGGUUUCAGAGAGUCUCUGUACAUUUUCUAUGCUGGAGCAUACCUUUUAAGUUCAUUGAUGUUCUUCUUCACAAUGUUCCUGAUGGGAGGCCCACCACCUGAGAAGGAGCCAGCAGAUAUGGGCCACGAGAAUGCCGGGUUCACAAUGGAGAAGAUGGCAAAUGGGAGCAGUGCCUCGAGUGGCAAUGGUGUUGCCAGGCCAUCCGCCCCUCACGAUACCAGUAGGCUGUGAAGAGUAGUGCCACAACUGAGGAGAACACAGUAAUGCUGAUGUCUUUCACAAGUGUGCCAGUUCUGAAGGAAUUGGUACACCAGUAUCAGUGUGGCACUUGUCAGGGGCAACUGUAUUCGUGUUUUGUGCCCUCAAAAGUUGAGUGGCUGGCAAUGGCACUUUUUUUGCCCCCAUAGAAACAAACAAUAAAUUAAAUGGUUCACUUUAUGUGUGCAGUUUCAGAAUUUGCAAUUGCUGCAUCUCCACAACAGGAGGAAAACAAAAAUUGCUGUUGCUUACAGGAAUAUUUUAUUGCAGAAGAGUAGUAACCGAAACUUUCUGCUUAGACAAGAGGUCCACAAAAAUAUUUCACUGAAAUGAUGUAUGGCAUUGUAAAUAUUUUCAUAUGUUCAGACAUGAAGUCACAGGGUCAGUAGUUCAUUAGUUGUACCAUAUGACAUCAUCACUAUCAUCAUCAUCAUCAUCAAGUUCCUUACAACAAAGUGUGGUAUAUGAAAGUCCUUGGUGGAAUAUAAAUAAUGGAAGGAGUAAAGGCAACAACCCACCACAUAUUUGAGGCGUUGAGUGGUUGGCAGGCAUGUGAAAAAGACUGUACUGUCACCAAGGUUUGAGAUAAUCUCCUCUUUCAUAGUUAAGUAGUACAAAUAGACAUACAUAGACACAUAAAUCUGAGCCCAGUUGAGCUGCAAUGCCAGCACAAUAUAGCUGACAAGGUCAAUAUAGCCAUAAAAGUUUGUAUCUAUUGAAACUAGUGAUCUGCCUCAGCUUUGAAUGGAUAUACCUGUAAGUAUCUACAGCUGGACAACUUAAAUUGUAUACACGAAUCUUCCUUGUGAAUCAGUUUACCUAUUAGUGAAAAAAACUGUAUCAAAAUCUCUAAGAUCUUGAGAUGAGGCUUCACACAGACAGAAAAAUGUGGCAUGGGAGUUUAAUUUAUAAUAUUUAGCAAUUCAUAUAUGUACAUGUAUGUGUGUUUUGUACUUGAGGAUGAUUUUCAAAUACUGGGUGUUGUUUCCAGUCUUGUUUAUGUCCCUAUCAACCACUUGGUGCCUCAACUAUUCAGUUAUUUAGAAUGAAGUAUGUGAGAAUUUAUACACGGAGCUACAAAUUCUGAAACAUUGUGGUGUUAUGACAAACUAUUCACAUUGAUCUGUUUUUUGGUAACAAGAAGUUCACAUUAUACACUGGCUUGUUACUGGAAGUUGUCCUUCACCUGGAAAUUUGCAUGUUAUGACAUGGUGUAGAAACAUGUGAAGAGUGUGGUGAUAGCUGAAACUAUCUUCAAAAUAUAUGUUUAAACAGAAGUGAUUAAGUCUAUAUUUACAUUUUCUCAAACAAAUUUUCUCUCUGUACUCCUCCUUGGAAGGCUCACUGUUUCAUCUUUAUCCUAGUCCUUUUGUAACAUGUACAGGAAGUAAUGAAUUCAAAUAUAAUUUUUUAGAAAGAGCAUGCCAUAUGCAACAGGCAUCAAACUUGGGAAUAAAACUUGGUUGUGAAGUAGAAUACAUCACAAGUAAAAAAAAUAAAGUUUUGUUCUGCCCUAUCCUUUUCUCAAGUCAAUUUAUCAAAUUCUUAUGUGGAACUUAUGUUAAAUGAUUUCCCAAAGUGAUAUUAUAAACCAUUUGAUACUGGAACUUAAACACAUUCAUGUACUGUUCUGUAUUGUUACUGGAAUUUGUGUAGCAGAUUGGUACAGUGAAUAGUCAGAUAUAAUUAAUUUUUGUAUUAUGUAGUACAUACAAUUAUUUAAAUAAAUAAUAAGAAUACUAUUUAAA